GUUUUCUGUGACUUUGUUACGCGGAACUGGCGCCUCCUCUGCAUGUAUGUGGUGUGGCUUCCUCCUUACUGAAACUUCUUGCAAACAGGUUCACACCGAGACAGAGGAGCGUUGUGUGUCAGAAACAUAUCCGUGCUGAGAGUCGCCUGGAGCAGGUACAAAUCAGAAUGAAUGCAACAAAGAGCAGACAGUUGGAGCGUAAACUAUGAACCCAUCUUUCAUUGGUCAGUGUUGAUAUGAAGUGCGCAUGAAUGUUCUUUAAUUUAUUUUUUCCGCAUUUUGAGUGUUUUUUUCGCCUUUGGCUGAACUAGCUGUGUGAACAUGAAGUUUAAUGGCUAUCUGAAGCUCCGGAUCGGUGAGGCGGUGGGCCUGAAGCCCACCACCUUCUCCCUGCGCCACUCGGUCAUCUUCAACAAAGCCCCCCCCGGCCUGGACCCCUACAUUGUAGUGAAGGUAGACGACACGAAAAUUGGACAAACUCUCACCAAACAGAAAACCAACACACCGACGUUCAACGAGGAGUUCUGCCUCAACGUGAGCGACGGGAAACAAAUCGAGUUGGCAGUCUUUCACGAUACUCCCAUCGGAUAUGAUGACUUUGUGGCCAACUGCAUCAUCCAGUUUGAGGACCUCAUCCAAACCUCCAACACAGGAGAGACCUUCGAUGGAUGGAUGGACUUGGAGCCAGAGGGCAAGGUUUACGUUCAUAUUGCACUCACUGGAUCCUUCAUUGAUGACGACGCCAUAGUGAAAGAGAAGAAGAAGCAGUUCACGAGGAAGCGACAGGGGGCCGUGAGACGGAGGAUCCACCAGGUCAACGGACACAAGUUCAUGUCUACCUUCCUCCGUCAACCCACCUUCUGUUUCCACUGCAGAGAGUUCAUCUGGGGUGUAUUUGGAAAACAGGGCUACCAGUGCCAAGUGUGUACCUGUGUGGUUCACAAAAGAUGCCACCAGCUGAUCGUCACCAUGUGUCCACGCAUGAAGAAAGAAAUCAAAGAGCAGCCUGUAGCCCAGGGCUUCAGCAUCAACAUCCCUCACAUGUUCAGCAUCCACAACUACAAGUCGCCCACUUUCUGUGACCACUGUGGCUCCCUGCUGUGGGGAAUAGUGAAGCAGGGGCUGCACUGUAAAAUCUGUAAAAUGAAUGUUCACAUCCGCUGCAGAGGCAACGUCGCUCCAAACUGUGGGGUCAACAGCGUGGAGCUGGCCAAUAAGCUCGCAGAGAUGGGUCUGCAGGCCGGAGGACUCUCGAAACGCAACUCAUUGGCCAGAAGUGCCAGUCACAUAGGGGGGCCCACAGAGAGGAGGGAGAGUAAAAACAAUCAGGCGGAGACCCCUCGACUGGGCAUCUCAGACUUCACGUUCCUUCAAGUUCUCGGAAAAGGCAGCUUUGGCAAGGUGAUGCUGGCGAGACUAAACGGCAGAGACCAAGUGUUUGCGGUCAAGGUUUUGAAGAAGGACAUCAUUUUGCAGGACGAUGAUGUGGACUGCACCCUGACUGAAAAGAGGGUGCUGUCCCUGGCCGGCUGUCACCCCUACCUCACACAGCUGCACUGCUGCUUCCAGACGCCGGAACGCCUCUUCUUUGUGAUGGAGUUUGUGAAUGGUGGCGAUCUUAUGUUCCACAUCCAGAAGUCCAGGAAGUUUGAAGAGCCUCGAGCGCGUUUCUACACAGCAGAGAUCACCUCCGCGCUCAUGUUCCUGCACGACAAAGGCAUCCUCUACAGGGAUCUAAAACUGGACAAUGUUCUUCUUGACCAAGACGGUCACUGUAAGCUGGCGGACUUUGGCAUGUGCAAAGAGGGCAUGUUUGAAGGCACGGCCACAGGAACCUUCUGUGGGACUCCGGAUUACAUUGCGCCCGAGAUCCUGCAGGAGAUGCUAUACGGGCCCUCUGUUGAUUGGUGGGCUCUCGGGGUGCUGCUGUAUGAGAUGCUGUCAGGACACGCUCCAUUUGAGGCUGAAAAUGAAGAUGACCUCUUUGAAUCCAUCCUCAAUGAAGAGAUUGUUUAUGCAUCUUGGCUCAGUGAUGAGGCAGUGACUAUAAUCAAAUCUUUCUUGACCAAAAACCCGGCCCGGCGUCUGGGCUGUGUGGCCUCAGAGGGCGGAGAGAGCGCUGUGACCAGCCACGCCUUCUUCACUGGCAUCGAUUGGGAGAAGCUGAAUCGUAGAGAAAUAGAGCCGCCCUUCAAGCCAAGGAUCAAAACACCUGAAGACGUCAACAACUUUGACCCAGAUUUCACGCAGGAAGAGCCCACCCUCACGCCCAUCGAUGACCCUAUGAUCCCUUCCAUCAACCAGGAGGAGUUCCGUAACUUCUCCUUCACCUCGCCUGAACUGCAGGAGAGCUAAGAGUCUCCUCAUUGAUCCACAAUUCUUCCUGUACUCUCACUCUUCCCAGUAUCCGUGAAUCGCCUGAGACUGUUCCCCGCGGUACAUGCAGUAUGUUGCUGUCAAAUUCCCCAGAGACAUGAGGGUGCAAAUUGCCGAGGAGUCAGACACACACAUGCUUGACAGGAACUGGUUUUGCACCUGAUGAACCCUUACCUUAAGCACUCCUGUAUUUCUCGAAAAUGUGCCAUGUAAUCAUCUUUUGAAAUACCAUUUAAGUCUUGACGUCUCACUUGGGACACAUUCCUGCUAGUGUCAUUGUGUAAAUGGUGUAUUUGAUAUGUGUUUGAUAAAGUGUACAACCACUGAUUUUA